AGAAUAGUACCUAGGUGGCAGCACUCAACGCCUUGUGAGUUGACAAAAAUUUAUAUCGGCAGUUUUUGUGGUUAAAUUAGCCAAUAAAGAGAUAAAUAGAAGGGUAAAAGAGCUGUACAACAUGAGUGAAGGUGCUGGCAAUUGGUGUCUCAUAGAGAGCGAUCCGGGUGUGUUCACGGAGCUGAUUCGUGAAUUUGGGUGUGACGGAGCACAGGUUGAGGAAAUCUGGAGUCUGGACAGUGAAUCGUUUAAGAACCUCGAGCCGAUUCAUGGACUCAUCUUUCUGUUUAAAUGGGUACAAGAAGACGAGCCUACUGGCAAAGUGGUGCUGGACAAGGAUAACAUUUUUUUUGCCAAGCAAGUAAUCAAUAAUGCUUGUGCCACUCAAGCGAUUUUGAGUCUGCUGCUAAAUUUGGAACACGAGGACAUCAAGCUGGGUGACACGCUCACGAAUUUCAAGGAGUUCUGUCAGUGCUUCGAUCCGUAUAACAAAGGACUAACGUUGAGCAACGCAUCACAGAUACGUACUGUGCACAAUUCGUUUGCGAGGCAGACGCUUUUCGAGUUGGACAUGAAGAACCACAACAAGGACGAGGAUGUGUACCACUUUGUUGGCUAUAUGCCCAUAGGGGGACGUCUGUACGAGUUGGAUGGCCUCAAGGAGGGUCCCAUUGAUUUGGGCGAGAUAAAGCCCGAACAGAAUUGGAUUGAUGUGGUGCGUCCAAUCAUUGAGAAGCGCAUGCAACGCUAUAGUGAGGGCGAAAUUCACUUUAAUCUUAUGGCGCUCAUUUCGGAUCGCCAACGCAUCUAUGAGCAACAAAUUGAAAAAUUGUUGAAUCCAGACUCCAAUGCCAUGGAAACAGGAGAGGAUCGCCAGACUGAAAUCAAUAAUUUGCGCACUUACAUACAGUAUGAAAAGGAAAAGAAGAAGCGAUACAAGUUGGAGAAUAUACGUCGCAAACACAAUUACUUGCCCUUCAUUGUGGAGUUGCUUAAAAUGCUGGGCGAGACGGGUCAGUUGCUGCCCAUUUAUGAGAAGGCCAAACAACGUGCGCUGGAACGGGAACAAGCGCAGCGCAAAAGCAAGGAUUCCAAUUAGGGAUAGAUCACAUAAAUCCGUGCAUUUGAUAGCAUACUCUAUGGUACUCUGUCUGCAUAAACGCGUUCUUCGUACGCUACCAUUUGGGCAAUUUAAAAUUGCCGAAACAUCAUCUUAUUGGAUAUUUUGAUAUAUAUUAUAUGUAUAUUAAGUAAGCAAUCUUUGGCAAGACAUCGUCUUUGUGUAUCGCGUGUAGUUAAGUCGCUCCAUUAAAAACUGCCUUGUAUUGUACUUUUUUAUACCUACAAACAUAUAUUCCAAUUAUCAAUCUUCAAAUUGUUCGCCAACACGUAUAAACGGUUAAACAAAAUAUAUAGUAAAAAUUUAAAACGAGAGAAGCAAAUAAAAUCAAUUGCCAAAAAAUAAAAGUAAAACCAUCA